AUGGCAGUAUUUCGACAACAGGUAGAGAAAAGUCAUCAUGAUUUGGUCAACUUAUUGACUCAGCAAAUGACCACAAUUUUGAAUCCUAUGAUGGCUGAUCACGAAUCAAAAUUCGAAUGUCUUGCAAGGAAAUCGAACGAAUUACUCGAAUCGUUGAUUAUGAUGAAGGAGAAAGGCAUGAUGCCAAGGGGGAAUAAUGAAGGUUUCGAAAAUAUAUUUCAAAAUAAAAACAAUGUCUUAAGAAACAGAGAUAAUCCUCAGUUAAUUCCCCGAGGUCAAAAUGCGGAUGACGUCCUGGCCCAAUUAUGCGCUAAUCAGGGUAGUGAACGUUAUCAAGUUUCAAGAAUUGUGGAAGAUGUGCUCAAUAGAGUCGGUUUGAAUGUUGGGUUCAUGAAUAGACCCCAUUUUGUAUCUACUUUUCCUCAAGUUAUUCAAAUAGCCGAAGUGCCACGAGGUGUGAAAAAUCCAAAAAUAAUUACAAAAUUUGCGGGAGAAGUUGGAGAAUUAACUACUGAACAUGUUGCUUGA